CAGCCGAGCCUCGGGCGGCCUUUCGGGGACCCCUGCGUGGCCCCUGCUGCUUCUGUCCUCUCCGUUUGGUUUGCUUUCGUUUGGCUACCUGGAGCCCCGGCAAAGCCAGACACCGAGCGCUCUGACACAGCCGGAGUUACUGUCAUUUGCCUCCUGUCUCCGUUAGGAGGGAGGUGGCCACACCAGCCCUGCUCGGGAUCUGGGAUUGGGAGCCGCGUGCCCUGCAGAAUGGCUCCACCAGCCACCGCGUGCCUCUGAGCCUAGUCACCCCUCUGCCCACCUCGUUUGUGCGGGCAGGACGUGUGUGCCGUGCCAGUGGCUCUUGACCACUCCUAACGGGGAGGAGGGGUUACUCCAGCCCUGUGUUCCCUGAACAGGCAGGGGUCCAGAGUAAAGAGGCCCCGAGUGCUUUCAGUGAAUUGAGCAAGAAAUGUGCCAGAGCCAGGCGCUCUUGGGAACGGCCUAUGGAGGCAGCUGCUCCAGGUGGGGCCCCUGAUCUGACAAAGCGUGUGCCUUCCCACUGACCCCUUCUUAACAGUUGCUGAUAGCUCUUGACUUAGUCUACAGAUGUAUGUCAUCCUUUCUGGGUUAGGUUUGACAGGAGUGAGUUUUGUUUCCUCUCCUUUCUACUGGAAGACAGACCAUAAGCCAUUCGUGGGUGAAACGCAUUCUAGUAUUUAUUACCAUUUGGACUGAGGGCUAGAGCUGGCUCUUGGACGACCGAAGACCCGGCAGACAGGAUUGUGAAGACGGGACACUCCAGCUUACUGGGGAUGCUGGGCCCGGCAGCAAGCACGCCGUGCUCGGUUGCUGACCUCAUUGACCCCAGGUGCCCUGGUUAAAACUGCACGCCUCCUACUGGCCUGGCACCCAUCAAGCCGCUCACUGAUCCCUGAGGCCGUGCCCUCUGGGGCAUGCGCACAGCAGGGCCCAGCACCAUGCGACUGAGCUCCCUGUUGGCUCUGCUGCGACCAGCACUGCCCCUCAUCCUGGGGCUGUCUCUGGGAUGCAGCCUGAGCCUCUUGCGGGUUUCCUGGAUCCAGGGUGAGGGAGAAGAUCCCUGUGUAGAGGCUGUGGGGGAACCAGGAGGACCGCAGAAUCCCGACUCGAAAACUUGGCUCGAACAAAGUGACGAAGAGUUCAAGCCCCGGAUUGUUCCCUACUACAGAGAUCCCAACAAGCCUUACAAGAAGGUGCUCAGGACUCGGUACAUCCAGACAGAGCUGGGCUCUCGGGAGCGGUUGCUGGUAGCUGUCCUGACUUCCCGGGCCACGCUGUCCACGUUGGCCGUGGCUGUGAACCGCACAGUGGCCCACCACUUCCCUCGGUUACUCUACUUCACCGGGCAGCGAGGGGCCCGGGCUCCGGCAGGGAUGCAGGUGGUAUCUCACGGGGAUGAGCGACCGGCCUGGCUCAUGUCAGAGACCCUGCGCUACCUCCACACACACUUUGGGGCCGACUACGACUGGUUCUUCAUCAUGCAGGACGACACCUAUGUGCAGGCGCCCCGCCUGGCAGCCCUGGCUGGCCACCUCAGCAUCAACCAAGACCUGUACUUGGGCCGCGCCGAGGAGUUCAUUGGCGCCGGCGAGCAGGCCCGGUAUUGCCACGGGGGCUUUGGCUACCUGUUGUCACGGAGUCUCCUGCUUCGCUUGCGGCCACAUCUGGACGGCUGCCGAGGGGACAUUCUCAGUGCCCGUCCUGACGAGUGGCUCGGCCGCUGCCUCAUCGACUCUUUGGGUAUCGGCUGUGUCUCGCAGCACCAGGGGCAGCAGUAUCACUCAUUUGAACUGGCCAAAAAUAGAGACCCCGAGAAGGAGGGGAGCCCGGCUUUCCUGAGUGCCUUUGCAGUGCACCCCGUCUCUGAGGGGACCCUCAUGUACCGGCUCCACAAGCGCUUCAGCACUCUGGAGCUGGAGCGGACGUACAGCGAGAUAGAGCAGCUGCAGGCUCAGAUCCGGAACCUGACAGCCCUCACUCCCGAGGGGGAGGCAGGGUUGAGCUGGCCCGUGGGGCUCCCGGCCCCAUUCACACCACGCUCUCGGUUUGAGGUGCUGGGCUGGGACUACUUCACAGAGCAGCACACCUUCUCCUGUGCAGACGGGGCACCCAAGUGCCCACUGCAAGGAGCUAGCCGGGCGGAUGUGGGCGAUGCCGUGGAGACAGCUCUGGAGCAGCUGAACCGGCGCUACCAGCCCCGGCUGCGCUUCCAGAAGCAGCGGCUGCUCAAUGGCUACCGGCGCUUCGACCCCGCGCGGGGCAUGGAGUACACGCUGGACCUGCUGCUGGAAGCAGUGACGCAGCGUGGGCACCGCCGAGCCCUGGCCCGCAGGGUCAGCCUGCUGCGGCCGCUGAGUCGAGUGGAAAUCCUGCCUAUGCCCUAUGUCACCGAGGCCACCCGUGUGCAGCUGGUGCUGCCGCUCCUGGUGGCCGAAGCUGCUGUGGCCCCUGCCUUCCUCGAGGCCUUCGCUGCCAGCGUUCUGGAGCCGCGAGAGCACGCGUUACUCACCCUCCUGCUGGUCUACGAGCCACGGGAAGGUGGCCGGGGGGCCCUGGACCCGUUUCUUGGGGUGAAGGCUGCAGCGGCGGAGUUGGAGCGACGGUACCCUGGGACAAGACUAGCCUGGCUUGCAGUGCGGGCAGAGGCCCCGUCCCAGGUGCGGCUCAUGGACGUGGUGUCUAAGAAGCACCCGGUGGACACGCUCUUCUUCCUGACCACUGUGUGGACCCGGCCUGGGCCCGAGGUGCUCAACCGCUGCCGCAUGAAUGCCAUCUCCGGCUGGCAGGCCUUCUUCCCUGUCCACUUCCAGGAGUUCCACCCCACCCUCGCACCACAGAGGUCUCCUGCAGGGCCCCCAGGGUCGGGCCCUGAUCCCCCGUCCCCUCCCGGAGCUGACCCUGCCCGCGGGGCUCCCGGAGGAGGCCGCUUCGAUCGCCAGGCCUCUGCGGAGGGCUGCUUCUACAACGCCGACUACCUGGCGGCCCGUGCACGGCUGGCGGCUGAGCUGGCAGGCCAGGAAGAGGAGGAAGCCCUGGAGGGGCUGGAGGUGAUGGACGUGUUCCUCCGGUUCUCAGGGCUCCACCUCUUCCGGGCCGUGGAGCCAGGGCUGGUGCAGAAGUUCUCCCUGCGGGACUGCAGCCCGCGGCUCAGCGAGGAGCUGUACCACCGCUGCCGCCUGAGCAACCUGGAGGGGCUGGCGGGCCGCGCCCAGCUCGCCAUGGCCCUGUUUGAGCAGGAGCAGGGCAACAGCACCUAGCGCCAGGCCCGCGGGGGUCUCCCCUCGGCCUCAGCCCCCGGAGGGCAAGGCACGAUGGACGGACAGAUGGAGAGCUUCUGGCUGUAUUUUUUUAAUAAGAAAAUGUAAUUAAAAGCAUCUUCUGCCAAA